UCUCUCUCUCUCUCUCUUCUCUCUCUCUCUCUGUGGCUUUGCUCUCCCACGAAGAAAUAUAUCGAUCCCUUCUGUCUCUUCGAAAAUAAUUUUAAAAAAAUUCUGUUCCGUUUUUAUCCUUUUAUUUUCUCUCUUUAGAUAUGUAUAUGUUUUUGAAAGCGGCUGAUAGGUUAUGACGUGAAUCUCUUGUUGUUGUUGUUGUUGUUCGUUUUUUGGAAUUUUUCAUAGGGAUAGAUUUAAUCGAGUUUGGUGAUUCGUGCAAGCUAAACCACUUAUAAGGGUAAUUGAAUUGUGGGUUGAUGUUGUUUGUACAUAAAUAGGAUCUGAAGCUUCAACCUUUGAUUCUGGGAGAAAUCUGGUUUCGAAAAUUUGUCUAUUUGUUCUAUCUGAAAGAUCUAGUUUGAGAUUAGUUAGUUUUCUCUGCGUUGGCAAUUCGCAGAGAUGUCGAGUUAUAUAGGCGUUCAUGUCUCUGAUCAAUGGCUUCAGAGUCAGUUCACACAGGUUGAACUUCGCAGCCUGAAAUCAAAAUAUAUAUCAUUGAAGAAUCAAAGUGGUAAAGUGACUGGGGAAGAUUUGCCGCCUUUGAUGGUGAAAUUAAAAGCUUUUAGUUCAAUGUUUAAUGAGGAGGAGAUUAAAGGAAUCUUGAGCGAGUCACUUUCUGACCUUACCAAUGAAGUUGAUUUUGAAGGCUUCCUCAAGGCAUACCUCAAUUUGCAAGGUCGAGUUACAGCAAAAUCAGGGGAACCAAAGCAUGCUUCCUCAUUCCUCAAAGCCACAACAACCACCCUUCUUCACACAAUUAAUGUAUCUGAGAAAUCAUCUUAUGUUGCUCACGUAAACAGCUAUCUUGGCGAUGAUCCAUUUCUGAAGCAGUUUCUUCCUUUAGAUCCAUCCACAAAUGAUUUAUUCAAUCUCGUGAGAGAUGGAGUACUUCUAUGCAAGCUUAUCAAUGUUGCUGUGCCUGGCACAAUAGAUGAACGAGCUAUUAACACAAAACGCAUUCUUAAUCCAUGGGAGAGGAACGAAAAUCAUACACUUUGCCUUAAUUCUGCUAAAGCUAUUGGCUGCACUGUAGUUAACAUUGGCACUCAGGAUUUGGUGGAAGGAAGACCUCAUUUGGUGCUUGGAUUGAUUUCUCAAAUUAUUAAGAUUCAACUGUUAGCAGAUCUUAGCCUUAAGAAGACACCUCAGCUUGUGGAACUAGUGGAUGACAACAAUGAUGUUGAGGAGCUUAUGGGAUUGGCCCCUGAAAAGCUAUUGUUGAAAUGGAUGAAUUUCCAUCUGAAGAAAGGAGGCUAUGAGAAACCAGUUACAAAUUUUUCAUCUGAUUUGAAGGAUGGAAAGGCUUAUGCCUACCUGCUUAAUGUUCUUGCACCAGAACACUGCAAUCCGGCUACAUUGGAUGCCAAGGACUUCACUGAAAGGGCUAAGCUUGUACUUGAUCAUGCAGAGAGGAUGGACUGCAAAAGAUAUUUGAAACCAGAAGAUAUAGUUGAAGGUUCACCAAAUCUGAAUCUUGCAUUUGUGGCACAAAUAUUUCAUCAAAGGAAUGGUCUUUCUACAGACAACAAAAAGAUAUCCUUUGCAGAGAGAAUGACAGAUGAUGUGCAGACAUCCAGAGAAGAAAGAUGCUUUCGACUGUGGAUCAACAGUCUUGGAAUUGCUACAUAUGUCAAUAACGUGUUUGAAGAUGUUAGAAAUGGAUGGAUACUUUUAGAAGUGCUUGACAAGGUUUCCCCCGGAUCAGUUAACUGGAAGCAUGCAUCAAAGCCUCCAAUCAAGAUGCCGUUUAGAAAAGUAGAGAACUGCAAUCAAGUUGUAAAGAUUGGGAGACAAUUGAGAUUUUCACUUGUCAAUGUCGGUGGAAAUGAUAUUGUACAAGGAAAUAAGAAGCUCAUUCUUGCUUUCUUAUGGCAGCUGAUGAGAUAUAAUAUGCUUCAACUCCUGAAUAACUUGAGAGCUCACUCUCAAGGGAAAGAAGUAACUGAUGCAGAUAUUUUAAAGUGGGCAAACAAGAAGGUUAAAAAUACAGGCAGAACUUCUCAAAUUGAGAAUUUCAGGGAUAAGAGUCUAUCGACAGGGAUAUUCUUCCUUGAGCUUCUUAGUGCGGUGGAACCUAGGGUAGUCAAUUGGAACCUUGUUACCAAGGGUGAAACUGAUGAGGAAAAGAGACUGAAUGCUACAUACAUAAUCAGUGUGGCUAGGAAACUUGGCUGUUCCAUUUUCUUGUUGCCCGAGGAUAUCAUGGAGGUUAACCAAAAGAUGAUUCUCACUUUAGCAGCUAGCAUAAUGUACUGGAGCCUGCAAAAGGCAAUGGAAGAGGGAGAGUCAUCUCCAUCCCCUGCUAAUGGGAGUGCAUGCACCAUUACCCCCGAUGCAUCCCCGGCACCCUCCUCUAUUAGCGGUGAAGAUGAGACCUCCUCCGUUGGGGGCGAAGUAUCACAGUUAAACAUUGAUGAUGCUGCCUCUGAUACUACCGUCUCCUCACAUAUCGAGAAUGAGGAAGCUCCUGCUCGAGAAUGAACUGUGAGGUGUGAGGUCUUGCUCCUACAAGAUAACAUUCGGUGGAACUAGAAGGUGAAUAUACAUACAUGUGUAGUUAGGUGGCUCGAGUCUACUUAUCUCCUUUCGAAGUGGAAAUGAAUGUAUAAACAUGAAUGUAAAAGCAAGAGGAAGGAAAAAGUAGAAUUUUUGUGAACUUCAUUUUUGGAAAAGAAAUAAAAUUUUCGUCUUUUUUGUUGACUUCAAA